GGUGAACCUAGUAGUUUUUCAAUAGUUUGUUUAGCUUCUUCUAAUAAUAUUUCUUCCUAUCAAACCCAAAAAUAUGAGAAGUAUAACGUAACUAAAGAUCCUGAAAAAUUUCAAAAGGAUUAG